UUACCCCCAAUUAUUGUAACUCAUUCUACUGCUAUGAAUUGGACUAACCCCUAGCCGUAGAACAUUAAACCUUAGAUCGUUGAUACCAUCUUUGAUUUAGAUAGUCCAAAACCCUGCCCUUUAGUAGCUCAGCCCACUUGUGCGUGAUCUUGAAGCACCGGCACUUAGCAGUCGUUUGUGUUACAGCCCAAGGCGAGACCGAGGAGCUGUCCAGCCUCGAAGGCUGCACUGGCUUCAGCACAGUCGAGUACAUCGACGAGGAGCAAAUGCACGAGACCGUGCCCUCGGUAAUCGAGAUUCUAGCAGCCAUGGCCCUGGGACCCAUGCUAGCGGUUCCUGCAUCCGAACAGCCUGGUGCCAUGACCCCCAGUGAGAUGCACACCCUCAAGGAGCUGAGUGACUUGGCCCUCGCCGAGAUUAACGCUCGCACCGUGGACCUGAUGCACGCACACUCACUGGACAUUAUUGAAGAGGAGUGUUCUCCAUCGGAGCCAUCAGAUACUGCCUUAAAGGCACAGUUGGAUAUCCUGGAACCUCCACCACUCACAGAGACUACCACUCCACCUCAAGUACCUUCACAAGCAGAGGAAUGUGUUAUUACAAUGGAUAUACCGCCUCCAGUUUUAGAUCUACCUCCUAUGGAAGUUCUCCAAGAGACUGUGGAUCUGCCAAGUUCUGCAGAAGUUGUCCAUAUCAUAGAUAAUACUGCGACUACAGAAGUGAUUUUAGAGUCAGAAUUUGCCGAACCUUUAGUGGAUUCUUUCGGAAAUCCACCAGAAACUUUUCUAGAAACUGAACCAGUUUCUGUGGAGAGUGUCACAGAGCCUCAAUCCGACUUGGAAUAUAAAGAAGUUGUUUCGGAAAUAAAACCUGCAGAUGUGGAAGCCAUAUCACCUAUUGAAAUGGUUCCAGAAGCACAGUCUACAGCGGUGGAUUCACCACAACCGCCAUCUGAAGUCGUACAUGCCCCAGAAUCUAUUAAUGUUGUCUCCGUCGAUACCCAGUCGAAAUCCGUUGGUGAAGAACAAAAUCCAGUAAACCAAAUAAUCGAUGAGGAGACACCGGAAAAUUUAGCAGAAAAUGUUCCACAGGUUGAGCCUGCCACAGUUACAGCGCAACCUCCAAAGCCCAAUGAAUUUGUUUUAGAAACGCAGCCUUUUGUAAUGGAUAUACCGGCACCUGUAGAAACUGUUCCAGAAACUCAGCUUUCUGUAGUGGAUAUACCACCACCAUUAGAAACUGACAUAGAAAUGGAGGUUACAGGAACAAUAGAAGAUGAGCCACAAAUGGCAUCUGACCUUGCGGAAUCGGUUCCAGAACCUGUAGAGAUGGAACCCAAAUCGCCGGAAGUGGAACAGCUCACUGAAGCUGUUGCAUCACAGCCCUUGGAAAAUAUUUCACAAGUGCAAACGAUACCAGCACCAAUGGUUACGGAUAUAGAGCCUCCGGCACAAUUAGUCGAUGUGGAACCAUCAGUACCAAUAAUACGUGAUGUAGUUCCAGCCCCAAUAGAAGUUGUAGAACUUGCAGCUAAGGAGGAAGUAACGCUAGAAUCUCAAUCGGGGAUUUUGGAUCCAACAGUGAUUGUAGAAGAUGUUACACAGAUGUUAGGAUCAGAUCCCCCAGUUCUGGAACCACCAGCGGAAGUGGUUACUUUACCUGUGUCUGCACCAAUAGAACCAUUAGCGCUAGUGGAAACACAAUCCGCUGUUUCGGAAUCUUCUAAAGAAAUAUUGCCUGCCAUUACGGCCCCUGUAGGAAUAAUUUCGGCGGACGAACCUAUCAUAGUGCAGCAACCAUCACUUAUGGAGUUAAAUGGUUGUGACGAAACAAUUUCAGAAUCACCAGCACCCGAUCCAGUCACCGUGAGCGCUCCAGAGCCUGGGGAAAUUGUUUCAGAAAUGCAGGCCAAAACAGUUGUCAAUGAAGUGGUCACUCAAAUAGAACCAGUCGAAGAGUCCAUAGAACCGGCAGAAAUUCCUAUCCCGGAUGAGCCUACGGAGAUUAAUUCUGCCGCCAUUGAUCCAUCAGCACUUUUGGAUAUUCUUCCACAAACACAAAUUGUAACAGAACCUAUUCCUCAAGCGGAUAUCGUGAAUUUACCAGCACCAAUGGAAGUCAUUUCAGAAACCUCACUCGCCGAAAGCGAUCCUCCAAAGUCUAUUGAAGUUGUGGCCGAAGAUGAAUCACCCCAAUUGGUUCCAGAGCCUAUAGAUGUUGUUCCCCAAGCAGACGCUGCCGAAGAAAUUGUUCCUGAGUCCCAACCAACCACAGCAUCUAAAGAAAUUGUUCCGGAAAACGUCGCUACAGAACCACAAGAACAGAUUCCAGAAUCGCAAUCCAUCGAUUUGGCUAUACCAGUUCCUAGGGAUGUUGUAUCAGCAUCAGAAUCUGUUCCAACAGAUCAAGCUGAAAUCACAGAACACGUUUCUCAGGUCGAACCUCUUCUUGAAGAAAAUCCUGCAGAGCAACAAGAGACGUCGCCAGUUGUUGACCAAUCGGAAUCUGUACUAAUAGAAGCCUUAGAUCCUGUCGAAAUUGUUCCGGAAAUCUCAGCUAUUACAUUGAAUUUAACACCAUCUGUUGAAGAUGUAAAUAGUGCAGCUGCUGAAGUUCCUCCCCUGGCUCAAAGUAUCGGAGAAGAAUCGUCAUCGUCUGGAGAAAAUCUUCCUGUUGCGGAAUCUAUAGCAUUGGAACCAAUAAUUCCUGAAACAGAGCUCCUUUCUGGGGAUUCAUCAUUACCAGAAAAAGUGGCUUCACAUAUAGGUUUAGUUGAUGUGGAAACUUCAGUGCAUUUGAAAAUACCGACUGAAACCAAAUCUGUUGUCGUGUUCCCACCCACAUCAUCUAUUGAAGCUGCAAAAGGUGCUCCUGCUGUAGUUCCUCCUAGGGAUCAAAGCGGGAUGGAAUCCCCCACGCCUAGAGAAAAUCUUCCAGUGACGGAAUCUGUAGCUUCGGAACCCCUUACUGAGGAUUCAUUAUUACCACUGGAAAUGGCUCCCCAGGUAGAUUUAGUCAAUCUAGACACCCCAGUGGCUGUGGAAGAACCGAUUCAAACUGAAACUGUUGCCGUUGUUCCACCAACACAACUAAUGGCAGUGGAAACGCCAGAUCCUGCGGAUAUUGUUCCGGGUACACAAACUGCCAUAGAGGAAUUACCGAUAUGUGACACAGUUGAAUCUUUGCCUGCGCAAAGUGAACCAUCCUCAGCAGAAGGUUUUACCCAACCGGAGCUACCGCAAGAUGAAUCGGUUACAUCUGUCCCAGCGCCUGAUGAAGUGGAACCGGAAUCACAGCCUGAAUUAGUAAAUCCACCAAAGGUAGAUUCUGAGCCCGCCAUUGAGGCCCCACUGACCACAGAUCUUGUAGAAGAUGUCGUUGAGGAAAUAACAGCGUCUGUGCAAGUCGUGGAAGUUAUACCUCAAGCUAUCUCUGCCUCAGAUAGCCAACCAGAGGAGAACAUUACUUUAGUUAAUACAUCAGAUUCCCUUCUAGAAGAACCUCCAGCAACUGCAAACAGUGCUUCUGAGACCAAAUCGCCCCCUGUAGCAAGAAUCGAAACCGUAGAAGCUGCUUCUGAAACUCAAUCGGCCGCUGUUGAUUCUGAAAUUUCUUUAAGCUCGCCAGCGACAACUGAAGUUAUAACACAAGUAGAAUCCGUACAGGUGGAAGUCCCAGAAAAUGUGGAAAGCGUUCAUCCAGAAAACCAAUUAGUCACAGAGGAUCCAAGAGAGGUCCCACCGAUGAAUUCUGAAACUGUGCCGAUCACUUUAGAAACGAAUUCCAAUGAAAUGAAUCCUAGCGAGCCAGAAGAAACACUUUCCAAUGAAACUAUUGUUUUAGAGAAAAGGAUUUCUAGUGUGGGUCCACAAGAAUCUAGUAUUGUAGAACCUAAACCACCCGAGGAUAUAGUAACCCAAGCUACUCAAGUGGAAUCCCCAACUAAAAUAGAUCCCGUGGAGGUUGUGUCAGAAGUUGUACCCGUCGCAGUUGACCAAUCGACUGCUACCGAAGAAACAAAUGUUAAUCCUGAAAAACAAACCGUAGCUGAAACCGAAAAUAUAGCUCCCUUGGAGAGUGAGUUGAUAAUUAAACCCGCUGCCUUGAAUCCCUCACGAACUACAGAUGUUGGCGAUGAGAAAUCUUUAGAGCCAAUGGAAAUAAAUACCGAACCGCAAUCUGUCGCAAUAGAUACAACGGAAUCUCCAAAAGUGAUUUUAGAAAGUGAAUUGGUUGAUGUGGAUCCUAUAGAAGUUCUUUCCGACCCUGAAUCUGUCGCGCAUGAGCCAGUAGCUGCUGUGGAACUUGCUCCCUCUCCCGAAGCUUCCGGAGGGGAUCCUCAAGAAGUGAAUGAGCCAACGCCUCCUGAGGAAAUCAUUUCUCACACAGAAGAUAGUGUGGCACCAGUGGAACCUGUCGGAGUGGAACCCUUGGAAUCCGGAAUUUGUAAUCAACUUGAAUCUGUUUCCGAUGAUCCCCCAUGUCCAGUAAUCGCUGAUCCUGAAACUAAGUUGGAUAAUCCAGCGGUUGCAGCUAUUGCUCCAGACGCAGAACCCCCAAAGCCCGUCGUCAAUGAUAUCCCAAACUCUGCAGAACUUGUUCCAGAAAAAGAAUCUGAAGUUGAAACUAACCCAGAAACGCAGUCUGCCGUAGAUAAUUGCCCGGAAUCUCAGAGUGUAAUUAUAGAAGCGGAAUCGGUCGAAGUGAUACCUCUUAAGUCAGUGGAAGCUGUUCCUAAAAAUGAUACAGACGUUGAUUCCAUACAUCCCGUUGAAAUUGUUCCAAAAGAAGAAGCAGUUGGAACAGAAGUUGAGUCAGAAAUCAUAACAUCUGCAACUGCUGAAGUGGACGAUAUGAAAUCCCCAGAAUCUCUAAAAACUGAUGAAGCUGAGGCACAGAAGUCGCAUGUUCCUGUGGAAGGGGUUCCGGAGGAGGAAGAACUCUUAGCUGCAGUAGAAGUUACUCCGCAAGCUGAACCUUUGGAGCCCAUAAUGUCUAAAGAACCUAUUUCUCAAACGAAAUCUAUCAUUGUGGACCCUCCUCAUGAAGUCUCUGUUCCUACAAUGCCAUCAGAGCCGGCAAGCACUGAAACCCAAUCUGUCGAUUUGAAGCCCCAAGAUUCUAUGAAACUUGUUCCAGACGCAGAAUCAGUCCCUGUGGAUCCGCCAGAAACUGCACAAGUUAUAUUAUCCGAUGAGAAAAUUGUUGUAGAAUCACAACUGAUUGAUUCGGAGCCCCCAGCAGAUGAAGUAUCUGCUGAAGCUGAAAGCUUGCUUACGGAACCUCCGGUAUCGCAAUCCGUAGAAACCGACCCUACUGUUCUGCCAGCCCCAGUGGAAAUUGUUCCUGAAAUAAUACCUGCAACAAAGGAGGAGGAAACACCAAUGGAUUCAAUCGUUUCUGUUGAAGUUCUGACGAAGGAAGAAGCACCACUUCCUAGUGAAGAUAUUACCCCUCUGGCUAUGGAUUGUACUACGGGGUCAGAAACUUUAACGUCUGAAGAACCCAAAUCGAUUUCUACAAGCGAUGUCCAACCAGAAUCUGCUGAUGCAGUUUCCGAAGUGAAAACAAUUGGGGCACCACUGGAUCCGGAAAUACAAUCUGGAGCAGAGGAGGCUAUAGUUCCCGUGGAAACGGAUACUUCAGUGGAUCCAAUCGAUGCUGUUAAAGAUAUCACGGAUACAAAACAAGUCCCAGUAUUACCACCAGUGGAUGUGGAAGAAACGGAGGGUGUCGUCCAAGAAGCACCACCAUCUGCUGAAGAUAUUUCGGAUUCUGCAGUCCUCGAACCUCAGGCUCUGAAGUCGGAUUGCACUACGGAGUCGGCUACCUUAACAUCUGAAGAACCAAAGUCGAUUGCUUCAAACGAGAUCCAACCAGAAGGUUCCAUUGCGGAGCGCGAGGUAAAGAAGUGGUACAAUGCCGUCGAGAUGCCGAAUAACCCAUACGCCCCGGAGGCCCUGAAGCAGCGCAUCAGCGGCACCCAGGAGCGGUACAUGGAUGUGCCGAACAUCAGUCCGAGUGCUGAGCAUAAGGCUCUGGCUUCGGCGCUGACGGAAAAUCCGGAUCCGCCAUCGCCGAAAACGGACUAUAAGCGCUACAGCCGCGACUACUAUAUCAACAAUGCUCCUACGCCCGCUGACAGCACGGCGAGUGGAAAGGCCGCCGCCUCCGUCGCAGCCGAGGAUGUGCAGGACAUCGUGAUCAACGAGGCUCAAAAAGAAGGCCAACAGCCGCAGGAGUUGGUGUACAAAGCCUUGCCAGUUCAGGUGCUGGACGAGUCCCUGGACUCCCAGUCGAAUCCCUCGCUGCAGUCACUGCAGACCACGGCCACAACCACCAGCGACGAAUCCGAUACGGUGCGGAUCUACGAUUUUAACAAACAGGAAACGACGGUUAUCAGGGCUGCGCCGGCGGAGCAGCAGCCCAGCACUUCCACCACAUCGUCCAUGGAGUCCGCCCAGAGUGCUCCGCCGUCGGUAUCCUCCAUUGACUCGUCAGUCCCUAAGAAGCGGGAGCGACCCGUGGUCCUUCAGUUUGGCCCAGGGGACUCGGCGCCCACAAUAGGUUCUCCUGCCAGCACACCCACGCGGGGAUCCACUCCUCCUGCUUUCAGGUUCUUGCAGCCCAAGCGUCGCCUCAUCGAUCCCAGUCAGGUGCUGUCCGUCGACGAAGACGAUGUGCCUGAACCCACCACUCCGGCGGCUGAGAAGCCCGUCAUUGAAGAUGAAGUGGUCCAUGCCAUGCCAUCGGUUAAGGCCCUGGCUCAGGCCUUCCUUUUGACCAGCAAGCACACACAACCACAGAGGAGAUGGCGGGCCAAGGUAAGAAUUGCAGCCCCGCCGGCUACUCCUGACAAGCCAGACACAUCCCUGACCAAGCGUCACAAGCUGGAGCACGGCGUCUCCAUGGCAGAAGUAGCCGAUGAGUCGACUAUUGCCUCAGAUCUAUCAUCCCUCGAAACGGAUCCUUCCAUUCAUUCGGAGGGCAAUCCUCCCAUAGCCUCGCCGGCGAGUCCUGUGCCGGUGCGACAUGGCUUCCUCCGCAGCAAUAUUGCUUUCUUUGAGAAUUUAAAGUUCAAGUGAAUAUUCGAGGGGUGCUCAGAAAGUGUGCGGCCAUUGGUUGAUCUUCCCGGAAGGGAAAAUGCACGAUAAUGACGAGGCACACAGCCCACAAUCCAAACCAAAUCUUCGCCAAAAACCAUGUGCCAUGGCCUCCAUUCCCCCAGACCGAAAAUUCACACAACCAAGUACUUAACUUCAAUUGGCACUCCAAUGUGCGCCAUUGUUAAUUGUAGCUCGUAGUUACUAUUACAUAAUUCUUAUAUCCAUGGAUACUAUUUAUUUAGCUCUAAGAUAUGUAUUAUGUAUGUUAGAGGCGUAAGCGAAACUAUUUCCCAUUUCAGCUGAACAAUGUUACACUUCAACCGAACUAGUUUAACUGUUACAUAAUUGUACUCAAUAAAACAUAUAGAAAAGAAAAA